AUGGGAGAAGGGGAAGAACAUGCAUUUGAUAGACCAGAAGAAUGGGAAACUGAAGAUGGCAGUCCAGGUGAACGGGAAAUCGACGAUUGCACUCCAGGUACAUCACAUGUAGUGCCAUCGCCGAAAGGUGAUGAUAUGAUUGAGGAGCCAAAGUCGGGCAUGGAGUUCAAUUCAUUUGAAGAUUUGUUUAGCUAUUAUAAGCAGUAUACUAAGAAAUGCGGGUUUGGGGUGAUGACACAAAGGAGUGAGAGGUUAGAGGAUCAAAGUGUCAGAUAUGUUACUCUUGGUUGUGCACGGGGAGGGAAGGCACGGAUUAAGACAUCCAAUGUUGCCAACCCACGUCCGACAGGAAAGACAAACUGCAAGGCAAGGAUAAAUGCGUUGAGAGUCGAUGGAAAGAUGCGGUUGACAACAGUCAAUAAUUCACAUAAUCAUGUUAUCAGCCCAUAG